AUGAUGAAUUUUUUAUGAAAUUGGAUAUAUUGUUUUAUUUAUUUAUUGUUAAAACUUUCAUUUGUCAGAACUUGAAACUGCAAUAUGUUAUAUCGUAAAAUAUGUAAAUUUAUCAAUACCAUAAACCUAUUUACACCGCUAUACAGUAGUGAUAUACUCAGUAGUCAAUGACCACAGGAUCGGUAUACGUGAAACUUAUCAUACACCAUAUCGACUUUCUUGGUUCUUCUCACAUUGAUGAAUGAUGAGUAUUGAGAUCUAAGAGGUUUUAAUCAAGACUUGAUAAUCGUCGGAAUAAAACGGCGUAUACACGUUCGUUUCACUGUCGGCAAAAGCUGCUAUUAUAAUCAUCGGUGUUAUGAUGGGGUGGAGAAUUCAACAGUCAAGAUUCUGUUUUUGGUUAUUCAUUUUUCUGACGUUAUUAUCAUGCUACACGUUCGUGUUUAUGUAUAUUUCAGAUUACGGAAAUUCAUACGAUCACCGUAUGGCGACAACGAAUACGAAGACAGAAAUGGAAAUACUCAUGGAACAAAUAACUAGAUUGUAUGAACUAAAAGACAAGGAUAUCCAAGAACUAACCAAAUGUUUUGGUCUGGCUCUGAACAUUUCCGUCCCUGAAGACAAAGACUCAUUAAUGGUCACUUAUAAGUCUGUAGACAUGGUCAGUCCACCAAUGCCACAUUUCGAUUUUUUUACUUUCUUACCACACUUGUCACCACACCAGGAUUCUUUGAGGCCGUUUGUAUUACAUUCCAGAGGCAGAAAUGCAGUGUCUAUAGUGUUUGGAAUUCCUACUGUUCGUCGUAAAAAACAGAAUUAUUUGAUACAGACAUUGAUUAGCCUCGUAAACAACAUGAAUCAAACUGAGCAGGAUGACUCGUUAAUAGUAGUGAUGAUUGCUGAAGUCGAUUUGGAAUAUGCGCGAAAUGUUUCUGUGGAAAUCAAAAAUCGUAUACCGGAUGCUGUGGGCUCGGGCCUAGUGGAAGUAAUUGCUCCGACCCCGGGUUACUAUCCAGAUUUCAGUAAGCUUCGCAUCACGCUCGGUGAUUCCGAAGACCGGGUCCGAUGGAGGAGCAAACAAAAUUUGGAUUUUGCUUUCUUAAUGAUGUACUGUCAACCAAAAGGAUCGUUUUAUGUUCAACUCGAAGACGACUUAGUCGCAAGGCCGCAAUACCAAGCUUUAAUGAAAAAAACGGCUUUGCAAAGCAUAGCCGACGGAAAAGAAUGGUUCAUAUUAGACUUUGGUGGACUUGGUUUUAUCGGUAAAAUGAUAAAAUGUUCCGAUUUACCGUGGCUAAUUCAAUUCAUGGUGAUGUUUUAUAACGACAAACCAGGGGAUUGGCUACUGGACGGAUUUGUGAAUACAAAAGUUUGUCAUCUCGGAAAAAAUCACGUCGAUUGUGUAAAACAAAUAAAUUCUAUAUGGGUGAAACAAAAUGAAGCUUUUUUUCAGCAUAUAGGAACAUGGUCAUCACUAGAUGGUAAAAAGCAACUUUUGAAGACCCAUAAUUUUUACAAUAAAAACAUAUAAAAAAAAAAAUUAAAAUAAUAUAAUAUGUAUAAACAAAUAAAUUAUUGGAACGGCAUUGAACGAAAUGCAGGUUACACGUAUCAAAAAAUCAAAAAAAUGAAUUUAAACAACACAAUUAAUCGUAUGUGUUUACUCUAGUGGCAUAAUUUAUUAAUAUUUACUAUUUAGUUAUAAGUAAGAAUAGAUAUUAUUUUCUAUGAAAUUGUAAAUUUAUUUAACACUAAUGUUAGUUUUAUUAUAUAUAAACUAUAAACAUAAAGUAAUUGUAUUGUUUUCAUACGUUGUUAUAUUAUUUACUGGUUAUUUUGAUAUCAUUGAAAAGUAUUUUUUAUACAAUAAUGUUUGUUACUUACGCAAAAUAUACAAUUAUGUACCUCAAUAAAAAAAUUACUGGAAUUUGAUAUAAAAUAUGUAUACAACAAUAUUUAUAUGUACUCACAUAUAUAAAUUUAUGAAAGUAAAUU